AUGAGCGCCCAACAAAAUAAAGGGAACAGAUGGGGCUCAUUCCUUUCCGGUGCCGUCGCAGGCCUGGAAUCGCAGCUUGAUACCAUACUUGCAGGAGAUGAACAGGCAAGCGCUAAGUCGAGAGCAAAUGAGGCAACUGCAAAGCAAGGCGCUGCGGACAAAGGACCGGGGAUGGAGAGGGUACAGAAGGAACAAGGACUAUCACGCAAUCCUUCGAACAGUCGACCAAACUCGCGAUUGCAAGAUCGACUAGCAAGAGCAGUCAACAAAAGCAAUACAGAAAGUCCCAGGGCCUCCUCCGAUCUCUCAAGGCCGGACAGCCCAAGAGUUCGGGGUGCUUCAGUGUCAGCCGGCGCUGGAAGAACAAGUACUGAUUCGAGAGCCUCUGAAUCCGUUGUAGACGCGGCGCCAGUGCCUAAGGCGGAAGAUGGAAAAGAUGACGUUCCUCGAGGCCAAUCUCCAGCGCCUGCGCAGGCAGAUUCUAAGAUCACUGCACCCGCUACCCCAGUGCUUGUCACUGAACAGCCCACUUCAACAGCCGUUCCAUCCAUGACUAUGUCUAUACCCUCGAUAGUUACUCCUCCAGUGGAGUCUCCUCGCCCAUCGAUCGACAGCAUACCCUCGCGGCCCUCUGUCGAUGUUUCCACCCCGGCAGAACCCGAGACAUCACUCAUCUCUGCCGAUGUCGAAACAGAACUUGCUGCACUUCAGAAGACGCACGAUGAAACUCUCCGUGAUCAUCGCGAAGAGCUUCACUCACACCUUGAAAGAAUCGACGCUCUUCAGUCUAAGCUCACAUAUCUAUCGCAACAAUUAGCAUCCUCCGCAAAGUCUACGUCUGACUCGGAUGCAACACCUGCAGACAAGAAAUUGGCGGAUAAGGAUAAACAAAUUGCAGCUUUGAUGGAGGAGGGACAAAAAUUGUCCAAAACCGAGAUGAAGCAUUUGACAACUAUCAAGAAAAUGCGAGCCAAAGCAUUGGAAUCCGAGAAAGAGAUUACGCUAUUGAAACAGCGGCUGACCAAGGCGGAGAAGAGCAUCGGAGAGCAGACGGAUAGAGCAAAACGUGCCGAAGCUGCCGAGAAGGCAACACAAGAAAAGCUGAAAAUCGUUGCCAAAAUCGAAAAGGACAUAGAGAUGAUCAAGGCAGAACGAGAAGAAGCUGGCCUGACAAUAGCUGAACUCAGGAAGCAGCUGAAUGCAGCUAUCGUGAGAGCAGAGGAUGCUGAAAACCGGGCGCAAACAGGUGCUCUAGAAGCGGAAAAAAGAGUCACAGCCUCUCUCAAGGAAGACCUCGAUAAUAUGCGGAUCGAGAAGAAGCUCAGCGAGGAUCGUGCAAAACGAGAGCUUCGAGAUCUAAAAGAAUCUGCCGCAGAUGAACAGAACAAAGCGAAAGUCUUAGAGAUUGAGAUGCGGAAUGAAAUUACUAACCUCGAAACGAAACUUGAGCUCCUCCGUAGUCGUUCUGAGGAAGUGUCUUCUUCGGUCACGGGUGACUCUCAAGCCACUCUUCUACGCCAGAUUGAGACCCUACAGACUCAAUACGCACUCGCUUCCGAGAACUGGCAGGGUAUCGAAAGCACCCUUACGUCGAGGGUUGCAGCAUUGGAGAAAGAUCGUGAUGAAAUCGCUAAGCGCGAGUCUGACAUCAGGCGAAAAGCGCGGGAUGUCAAUUCAAAGGCUCGUCGACUAGAAGACGAAUUGGACGGCGUAAAUGACAAAGCGAGGGCUUUAGAGCAGGAUCUUUCGGAGCAACGUACAUCAUCCGAAAAACUCCUUGCCCGAUUGGCACAAGCAGAAAAGCUUGCAGAGGACGCUCGAGCUGAUCUGGAGAGAGAGAAGAAGAUAUGGGAAGCCGACCUCCAACAACGCCUUCUAGAAGAGAAAGCUAAAUGGCGAACGGAAAUGCAACCAAACCAGCUGUCCCAGGACAAUCUCUUACGUGCCGACUCACCGUCCGCAUCCAACCGUAGGCAUUCGCCUGAUCCUUCAGGGUUCCAUGCUAGGAGACCUCUACCUCGAUCCGCAACUGGCGAGAUGUCCUUGUCAGCGAUGGAUCGCAUGUUCGUGGACGACCGUCGACCUUCGAGUAGUCGAACGCGAUCAAGCGCAAACCGCACGCCUGAGAUUGGAUCUCCUCCGAUGCGCCAAGAUUCGAUACCUUCGUCGCUUUCCAAUCUCAAUGGCCUAACCAUCUCCACAACUCCAUCUAUCCACACCUUUGACAAUGACGAUGGUUUUGAGAACACCUCAUCCCCUCAAAGAACGAUCAAUGACAUGAUCUCCGUCUCGACGGUUGGGGCUGGUCCUUCAGUCCAGCUUGUGGAGCGCAUGAGUGCGGCGGUACGACGUUUGGAGUCUGAAAAGGCGACGACCAAGGAGGAAAUGACACGUCUUGCCUCGCAGAGAGAUGAGGCUCGUGAAGAAGUCGUCUCCCUGAUGCGUGAGAUUGAAGAGAAGCGCGGCCAAGAUGAGAAGCUCGCGAAGCUCGAGACAGAGCUGCAGGAAAUGAACGAGCGAUACGAGACCACUCUUGAGAUGCUCGGCGAGAAGAGCGAGAAAGUCGAAGAGUUGGAAGGAGACGUAGCCGAUCUCAAGAAGAUUUAUCGGGAUUUGGUGCAAACGAUGAAAUGA